AUGCACAAAAACGAAAUUGAAGAAAUAUUUAUUAACGGAGAUUAUAAAAAUAUUUCAAUAGACAUUUUAAAGAAAGAAUUAAAAAUAUACAUCAGAAAUAAGCCUUUAUACAUUAAUGAAAUUAGAAAUUUUUUAAAAGAACACGAUCAAAAUUUAUUUAUUGAAUAUGGUUUAUGUUUUAAAUAUAAUCCCGGGGUUACUUGUGCUUUUGGAAUAGAGCACGAUACUUCCAAAGUAGAUUUACAAACAACACAUAUAAAAAUGUUUAAAACAUUUAAGCCAAUUUACAAACUAGACAAAGAUAUAAAAAAGGACACUAAAGCCAAAUUACAUGUAAAAAAAACUAGUAAAAAAGAUCAAAUCAAAAGAUUUAAAUCAAAAAAAGAAGAACGUGAAUUAAACGAUAAAAAAAUUAAGGACAUAAAGAAAAAGCUUAAAAAUUAA